AUGCUACAGGCAGCGGAAAAUAGUCCAGCUGCAGCAUCGACAAUGUUUGCUUACCAUCACCAUAAUCAUCAACAACAACAACACCUUUUACAGCAACAACAUCAUUCGCAUGGCCAGGCUGCUGUUUCACAUCAUAUGUGGCCACCCAUACCACCCCCACCACCGUCAUCCUCAACACAUCUUCCUACAACGACAAUAGGUACUCCCACAAAUGCCACCAUGGUGGAAAUGCACAUGAUGAAUACAGCUACACAACAACAACAGCAACACGAAGAAGCAACAACCUUCCAGCAGCCACUACCACCUACCUUAGCACAUCAUCAUCAUCACCAGCAGCAACUCCAUCAUCCAACUCAAUAUAAUAUACCUUUACCGCCUGGUCCAUCAUCAGUUUUGCAACAACACCACCACCACCAUCAUCAUCAUUUACAAACGCAUCAGCUGUCGCGUUUAUCAGGGCAAUAUGAAAGUCAAGCAUCUGUGCAACCACCACCACCACCCCCACAUUUACUACAGCAGUCGUCAACAUCUACGUCUACACCAGCAGCAACGACAAGUGGAAGUCAGCAAUCAUCAAAUAACCAACAGCAGCCAGCACAGCAACAUGACUCAAGAGAUCAGGUUAAUUUUUAA